CUUGAUUUCGUAGAAGAGGAGAAAUGCGAAACAACCCAUGAAGGUGUACCAUGCUCCUGGGGUUCAUGGCACUAGUCACUGCAGCAGUGCACAUGGUCUCAGGGCAAGACAGAGGCGGAGGACAAAUUAUUCAUCGAGGGGAGCCCGACACGCAAAGUGUCAUCGUCACCGACAAGACCAGAGCUUUCCUGUCGUGCGAGAACGGCGACAUGGUGGUGAAGGUGAACUUCUCCCAGCCCUUCCGGGGCCUGGUCUACGCCCACCGAUCCAGGAACUCCCCCUGCCGCAUGAACGGGUCGGGACAGCUCUACGUCGAGCUCAGGAUACCGCUCAAGGGGUGCGGAACCUGGCAGGAGUCUCCUCGAGUGUUCGUGAACAACAUAACGAUCCGCUUCCAUCCGGCUCUCGAACUGGAAGAAGAUGAAACGAAGACGGUCGUCUGUCGCUACCCACCUCCCCUCACUCCUUCUCCUGGAAGCAUACAGGUUGUCAACCCGCCAACCGUCGGGCCGAGCCCGGUGCCGACCCGCCUGGGCAAGGCCCGCCUCUCCGAGCUUGAGAUCCUCAUCAUCAUCUGCCUCCUCCUCUUCCUCUCCCUGCUCACCCUGGGCAUCGGGAUCGCCUACUUCUGCCUCCGACGCCGGAACAUCCGGAUCGUCCGGAAGCACACCAUAUCGUCUGCGCCGCCCUCGCAGAUCACCCGGCUGAGCAGCUCCAACCUGCAGGCGCCGCCCUCUUCCCUCCUCUCCUCCGUCCUGGGGCAUACGGUCCGCAUCCCGCGGGCCGUCCCGUAUUCGGCCCCGGGGCUGAGGGCGGCCUCGUCCGAACAGGCCUAUGAGGACUAUCCGGCAAGCAGUUCCACCGCAGAGACGUCUAGCGGGGAGUUGUCCGAAACCUCGGCCUCCAGUUCGUCCCUAGCUGAAGAUAAAGUGGACUCGUCGAGACGUCUUCUCUACAAGAAGGCUGGUCCGAGGUCUUUCCUUUUCAUUCCAAAAGCCAUCCUCCGCAAGACGAGUCCUCGGAGGUGGCCGUCCGUCCACCACACCCACUCGAAAAUUGCGAGACCAUCGGAAAGGGAGGACCAGAUAGUCACCACAGUGUUGGGAUCCGAAGUCCCUCUGGUGGAGGAAGACCAAUACUGGAGGUUAGACGAAACAGAAGAGGACUCUGACGUCCAUACAACAUUCCAGAAGAAAGUAAUGGAUUCCAUCAGCGAGAGCCCCGUCCCGGUUUACGCUCAAGUAGAGAAACCCAAGAAAGUAUCGUCUGCGAGAGAUAAAUCUCCCUUGGCGGGCAAAUCCGAAGUCAUCCCUCCGAAGCCCACGACUGUCAGCACACCAGCAGUCAGCAAGACGACCGAAGAAGUGACGAAGAAUACUACCGUCACGACGUCUGUUCGUCGGGAAGUGAAAGAAACAGUGCUGUCGGCAACGAAACGAGCCACCUCCGCAGAGCCUACAACCAAUAAAGACAAGCAGGUGUCGACACAGUCCAGUGGCAAACCUCUUGUCCAUCAUCCUACUACCACGCAGCAACAAAUCGCUCCAUCGCCAAAGAAGCUUUUGAUCCGAGAUGUGGCCGAUGUCUUCGUCACCACCACAGUAGAGACUGAGUCCAGAGAACUCAAAACUAAGACCACCAAAGACACGAUCCAGUCCAGGAGGCGCAGACAACAGGAUUUUCCAGAAAUAAGCCCGCCUCCAAAUCCACCACCAUUUCCCGAACAUUUGCUUUCAAAACCAAUCAGUCCGGUAUCUCCAGAGCUUGUCGAACCGUCUGAAUUGACGAAGAAGUCUUCGCCUCCAGAGGUGUCUGAUUCAGCAAGGACUUCGCCAUCAACAGAUGGAUGGAACGUGGUCAUCCGGCAAAAGAAACCACCACCGUCAACAUUGGAGGAACAGGGGACAGAUUUGGAUUCUAUGGAACAAAAUGAAGAUACAGCAGGAAGAGAAGAUGGCACCCUUUCCAAACCUCAGUUUGAUGUAAAAAUCCGCACCAUACCACCAACAGAGAUCGAUUCCAAACCGCCUGACGAAAUGAUAGCCAUUCCUCCUUUGGAAAUGCCUCAAACUGUUAGCAGACUCAAAGAGGCUCUUAUGUCUGGAAAUCAGCUGGAAUCGAAAUCUCCGCCCACAGUAAGAGCUGCAGAGAAGAGACUGUUUCCCAAAGCCACGCCCAAAGCUGCCCCCUCUCAACGGACGGUCCGCUGGAUGGACGAGCCAAAGGAGUCGGAAGGUUCUACAGACAGUAGUUCCGACAGCUUUCACUCGGCCGAAAGUCUGAGGGAAAGAUCUUCAUCUGAGGUGCUGGAAGUGGCUCCGACGUUGCCCAGUCAGCACCGGGGCUCCGCGGGGGGCCGCCCCUCCAUGCUGGAACGUUCCAGUUCCGAGAUCGAGACCAGCCCCGAAGAUUCCCAGGUGCGUUGGAUCGGGGGCGUAGUCCCGCCCUUAGAAUCCCUCGCCAGGUUCCCCAGCACCGUCGUGGCCAGGGCCGGAUUCUUCAGCGAAGACAAGGGUGGGAAGGACCGCCCCGGUUGAUCUGGCCUCUCUUCAACAAGGGAAUUUCUUCUGAACUUAGCCAAAACUCUCUCCGCUGCUUCAUGAACAUAAAGAGCAAAAACAAAAAUGUUCUUUCACUGCCAAAGAACACUCCACGCAGGAAGACGGAUCUGUUUGUAUGCAUUUCUUGUGCAAUGUUUGUCAUUUCCACCGAGCAAACUGCCUCCAACCAGUCGAAACGGGCAGCUUACAAAAAGAAAAAAAAAUCAAACUUGCAAAACAUACGAAAUGGGCGGCAUCCUAUUUACGAUAUAUCCACAAAGUACACUACUACAGUAUUAAACACUGCUGUCAUGCAUAUUCAAGAGCUCAACUUGAACUAUAUUAUGAUUUUAUAAUCGCGUCAGACAAAAAAAGUGGAAGACAAAGGAGUUACAACCGUUUCUUUGCAUUUAUUGAUCCAAUUCAA